AUGAGGGGGGGGGGAGACGGGGACGACUGGCCGUUACGUUCGUCCUCGGGGGUUUCGUCGCCGGUAGGGGGAAGAGACGCAACGGAAGGCGUUGCCGGUGAAAAGGAGGUCGGGGGUGGCGGGCUUAGCGGCGACGGCGACGGUGGCGUGACCGUCAGCAAGACGAAACAGAGCCUUCUCAAGACGCUGUGGGAGUUUUCGCGGCCGCAUACGAUGAUUGGGACAGCUGUCGCCAUACCCGCCAUCGGGGUGUUUGCGGGGCCCCCAGGCGUGCUCCCCGGUCGUCGUUUUUUUUUGUCGAUGCUGUGGGCGAUGGUGCCCUCGCUGCUCAUCAACGUGUACAUCACGGGCCUUAACCAGAUCACGGACGUGGAGAUCGACAAGAUCAACAAGCCGUACCUGCCGAUUCCCGCAGGGAACCUCACGUCGCGAGCGGCGAAACUGACGGUGACGCUGUGCCUGCUCGCUGGCGCCGUGCUGGGCCUCGCGCCGUGCUCGCUUGGGUCUCCGGGGCUGGCGCUGACAGUGAUCCUCUCGGUUCUGAUUGGAACCGUCUACUCGCUCCCCCCCUUUCGCCUUAAGCGUUUCCCUCAAGUGGCCGCGCUUUGCAUCUUGGUGGUGCGGGGGUCCAUUAUCAACGGCGGGUUCUACUCUCACGCUCAGUUGGCCGGGUACGGCCUCUCGAGGGAAAAGACUGCGCUUUGGGCGUUGACGCUGCCGUUCAGGGACGCUAAGUGUGCCCUGGCGCUCGCGUACUUUACGGUGUUCGCGGUCGUCAUUGCUCUCAUGAAGGACGUGCCAGACGUGGAGGGGGACCGCAUGUUUAACAUCCCUUCCUUCUCGGUGGUGCUCGGGGAGACCAAGCUCUUCGCGUUCGCGCGGCGCCUGCUGACGGCGCUCCUGUGGUCGACGGCGGGGGUUCUCGGCGUGGGCGCGAAGGCGGCCGCUUCGGCGAGCCUGCCCCUGACUUCUGGUUUGAGAGGGCUCAUGUCAGCCGUGGCGCUGAUCGCCGGCCAGCUGGUGAGAAGGCGGGCAGCCGGCGUCGACCCGAAGCAACCCAAGCAAGUCUACGACUUCUACAUGGACCUCUGGAAGCUGUUUUACUUGAGUUACCUGUUCCUUCCCCUGGCGCGGUGAAGACAAAAAAAAAGCACGAAAAUGUGCCCAGAGGCACCGGAUUGCAGGGGCUGGGAAGAGCGCAGAAGGAAGCGGGCGCGGGCGAACACUGGGCUGGCUUACGUACUCAUUUCAGCGAGCCUCCAAACUUGCGAACCUCUGGUUUUGGUAAGGUUCUAGUUCCUAGGGUUAUUAUCCUUCUGCGAAUGGCAGUUUUGGUGAGGUUCUAGUUCUUAGGGUUAUCAUGCCUCUGCGAAUGGCCGCUGUAUAGCUAUUAGUUUAGGGGUGCUAAACCGAGUUCAUAAAUGAUGCAAAUGGUUUUUCUGUGGUUCAGUUUCUUAGCCGCCAAGUUCUUCAGUGCAGGCGCUAAUUGUAGCGCAUCGUUUUUUUCUCUUGUUUUGUUUUUACAAUCACAAGAAGUUUACGUGUAGCAACAUUUUUUACCCGUCCGUCAGAGUCCGAGAGCAUCGACGGUCGUGGUGGUGUUGUGGCCUACCUGAGCGUCUACCGACCCCCGCAACCAUACAGCGGCGACAAGGUGACAGACCCCCUUGGCCGGGGACAAGCUCAACAAGACUGUGGUCGUGUUCUCGCGCAUCGGGCUU